CAUGAAUCUACCCUAAUUAAAAGUCAAGGAUCUUCAACAGAUUGAUACAGCCAGAUUCACAAGAUUCAUAUAAAAUUAAAUGGCUGUGAUGCCUCAAUUAAAUAAUCCAAAAUAAUUAGCUAUUGUUUUAGCAUCCAAGUAUAUUAAACUCAAGGAUUAACCAAAACUAACCUAAUCAGUCAUUCUUGGUAAAGAAGUUAGAAGCAGUGACUAAAAUAAAGUAGUAUAAUUGCCAACUUUAUUACAACAUAAUUAUAUAUACUUCUUAGGAACUGGUAAUAAUCACUAAGUAGUAUAAAGAGUACUCUCUAAAAGAAAUGAGUGGAUAUCUACAAAUAAUAAGAAUGAUUCAUUAAUAAAUUUUAGGUGGUAAUAGACAUAAAAAGGUUAUCAGUAUGAUAAAUUGUUACCAGGCAAUAAAGUCAAGUAGGUAGUCAACCAUUUUGAGUUUCAUUAAGAGAUAUCAUAAAAGAGUAAUCUAUUUAGAAAUCUAUCGCAAUAUUGUGAAGUAUAGCCUAACUUAAAUAGGAAAACCAAUUAGAUAUCUUGAGUUUUGUUCCUUUAACCUUUGUUUUAGAUUUCACUAACGAAAAGGCAGAUGUAUAUUUAUUACAAUUUCUUUAAUAUUAUGAAAAUAAUGCUCCAUAAUCUAUUAAAUUACAUGAUACUUAGAAUAAAUUUUAUAUUAUCAGACGUUAACUCAAUACUUAUAUGCAAUUAACUGAUAAGAUUAUAUAAAUAACCAAAUCUAAAAUUCCUAGUACAUUCUAUGGCCAUGAAUAUUUAUGGAUAUUGAAACCAACUCAAUAUAAUCGUGGUAGAGGUAUACAUGUAAUCAAAGAUUUGGAUUAAAUGACUCAUUUAAUUGAUCAAUAUAUCUCUGGUAAAUAAUAAAUGAAAGAUGGUUAAAUAAUAAAAUCAAAAUAAUUUGUAAUCUAAAAAUAUUUAGAAAAACCAUUAUUAAUAAAUAAUCGUAAAUUUGAUAUCAGAGUUUGGGGAUUACUUAAUUAAGAUCUUGAAUUCUUCUUUUUUGAAUAAGGAUAUAUUAGGAUGGCAUCUGAAGAAUACACAACUAAAAAUGUAUUAAAUUAAUAUGUACAUUUAACAAAUAAUGCCAUAUAAAAAUAUAGUCCAAAUUAUGGAAAAUUAGAAGAUGGAAAUCAAUUAUCAUUUGAUUAAGCAGCUAUAUACUUUAAGAAUAAAGGUGAUUUCUAUAAAUAGGUAAAUAAUAUUUAACAAAUUUAAGAUUGUUGAAAAUAUUAAAUAAAUUUCUCUUAAAGCAUUCUAAUCAGUUAGAAAGAAAAUCAAUGUACUAUAAAGAAGAUAUUGUUUUGAGAUAUUUGGAUUAGAUUUUAUGAUUGAUGAUGAUUUUAAAGUUUGGCUUAUUGAAAUUAAUUCAAAUCCAUGUUUAGAAGAAUCUAGCUAAUUGCUUUAAAGACUUAUUCCUCGAAUGCUUGAUGAUGCCUUUUCAUUGACAUUAGAUCAACUAUUUCCAGUUACUAAAAAGUAGAUUGUCUUUUCUGUUCCGAAUUAUUCAGAUAAUCAUAAUAUGUGGUAAAAGUUAGGCAAAUUAUAAUGA